AUGGGAAAAGGUCUGAAGGACCAGGAUGGUGGACGCACGGCGCCGCCGCCGGUAACCUCCAGACACCGCCGUAUUGUUGGCAAUUAUGAACUGGGCGCCAUCCUCGCCAUUGGGGACUUUGACUCCUAUACCCAACUCUGCACUUACAUCCCAACUGGCGUCUCGUACGUCGUGCGGAUUUAUGAUAAAGCGUUGCUCGCCGAAACGCACUGGAUGUGGGAGCGGGUGCGCGAGUCCGUCCACGUCCAACGCGCCCUUCUUGAACACCCCAAUCUCAUCGAAAUGGUGGAAUGCUUCGAGACGAUGACCUCCUUGUAUAUUGUGAUGCCGAUGUUUUCAUCAAUAACUGUUGUAAAACUUUUUGUAGGCCAUUUCACCCCUUCAGUAAGUGGGGCGAGUCCUAUGGAAGGCGCCCGAGCCCUGAUCCCUGAGCCCAAACACACCUGUGGUUUAGAGGCCCCUGCAAAACGGCCUAGUACCAAUACCGCGGAUGGCCUCCUCCGAGGCGCGAAACCCGAUUUUACCGAAGACGAUGACUACAAAGUCUACAAUUGCUAUGACCAUAGUGAAAGUUAUUCCGGGGGUAAUGAACAAAACUGCUUUGCCCCCAGUCUUGCGCACAAACCCACCGAAGACGUCGGCUUCUAUGAUGGAAAAAAGGACAGGCAAAUAAUCCUUGGCCAAGAACGAGACUCGCCACUGGGACUGACGAAAUUUUGUGCCGCAUGCACCCUUAUCACGCGCACGCCCCCUCCCCAACCCCCACCCCUCGAAACGCACUGGAAGGCUGGAAAGUCAUCCCCCUUAUUAAGCCCGAUAACGUGGAUGUCCCCUGCACCGAUUUUUCACCCCUGUAGCAGCAAGGAUGAGAUCGCCGCGGAGGGCAACUCCGGCGACGCGAUGGAAGGCCCUGUGGACUUCCAGCUCGUUCGCCACGUCUUCCUCGGCGUCGUUCAUGGGGUUUUGCAUCUACACAGCCACGGGGUGGUGCACGGGGGGAUUGCCCCGGACCACGUCCUCUACAACCCCACCCGCGGGAUGGUGAAGAUCAGCAAUAUGAUCUCUUGCUAUCGCUGUCGGCGGGGUUCGAAUCGAACGGAGCUGCGCGGGACCCGCCAUACCGUCGCCCCGGAGGUCCUCAAACAGGAGCUUUAUGACCCCUACCUCACCGACGCGUGGUCGUUGGGGGUGCUGCUGUAUUUUAUGCUUAACGGCGGCCGUUAUCCACACGACGGGGCGAACACCCUAAAACACAUCCUUCAUCACCGAAUUCGACCCAUGAAGACAGGCAAUAUCCCGGCAAGUGGGGUGGAUCUUGUCAUGCAUCUUCUCCAACCCAACCCGUCGGAACGUCUAACGGUCGAAGCGAUUUUAUAUCAUCCAUAUUGCAAUGAAGGUAUUUCACUCACCCGAGGCAGCGCCGUCGGUCGCACCGACGAAAAUGACGAGUGUGAAAGCCGAAAAGACGUCGACAAUGACUCGUUCGUGUCGGUAAAAACCUUCGAAAACGGUUCACACCCCGUCACGGGUCCUGGCAAUGGGAAUACUCGUCUGCAAAGUAUAACGAGAGUCAACAACUCAAGUAAAUCCAGCCAUCGCAGUCUACAUCAGCUCCGAAAGCAGCUAACCCAGAGCAACCUCCUGCCGAGCGUGGGCAGAGUGAGAAGUCUGAGCUGUUCGCGCAAUCCCACCACGACGUCGAAUCGUGGGCCGCGUUCACCGCUACAAUCCGAGCGAAUCGCGCCUUUGCCCUUUCCAACUUCCUCGGAUGGCGCGUCGCCUCGUCCUCUGUCCAGGAGGGCCGAUUCCCUUUGGCUUCAAUUGGAUGCCGCCACCGAGAAUGAGGCGGCGACGAUCAUUCAACGUGCCUAUCGUCUCUACCGAGAUCGGCGACACUUCCGAUGGGUGACCCAAACGUUAAUGAAAAAAUCCACUAGGGGGGCAUCCUAUUCUAGCAUAAACCGAUCAGAAGAAUUUGGCAUCGGCGGGAACCGGUCUCUCUCCUCCCGUGGUCGGCAGCUUAAGCAGUGGAAUGCGUUGAAGCAGUCAUUUCCUGCGCAAACACUCAGCCACUUCGACGACCCCUCUGGUGAAUCCUAUCUCAAAGACAGCACAACUGUAGGGGGAAGCUCAACGGUUGUCAUGCUACCAUGUCAUCAAGAAAACGCAUUCAAGAUCGACAAGGAUUCUGACCUCAAGAAUCGGUCCUCGGACCCAAUACCCGGUUUUCUUAAUAUCGAAGAAGAUGAUGAACCGGUGCAGCUGUCGAAGUCGAACGUUUGCGCCACCAAAGUGCACGAAAACCAGCAAUUUUCGCCUCUGAUUCAAGAAAAUAAGCUCCCUCAUUUUACGUUAAACAAUAAUUUUUCGUUUCCUUCCAAGGCCUUUAGUAAUCGAACCCCGCAUGCGGGUUCACACCUUCGUUCGAAACCCUACAAUGUCAUCUCUCCUUUCCACACUACAGUGGCAAGAUUCCCUGGUAGGAGGUGUUCCAGAAGCUUUGGGGGUGAUUUGCAGUCAUCAAUUCUAACUUCACAACGAGCGCUGCGGCAUACAGUCUCUAAGCCUUAUGCUCACACCAGCUAUGAGUAUAAAAACGGCGUAUUUUCACACGCAAACGGAAUUUAA